AUGGCCACAAACAGGCUAGACUUUGAUGAUAAUAACAAAGGCAGUCUUCAUUCACUGCUCACGCUAAAUUCCAUUAAAGAGUCUAGAGUUGUUGAUGAGAAGGCUCUUGAAGAAUUAUUUGCUGAAAAUGAUAAAGACAUAGCGGCUCUAGCACAGCAAACUCGACAGGCAUUGGCAGAAGAAUUUUCUGGUUACCAAUAUGUAGAAAUUCAACCGAAACCAGGAUUUGUAAUAAAGACGCAUACUGUAGCAAAAACCGACAAAUAUCCUGCGAGCAUGAAAGUGUUUAUAAAUGUUUGUUAUUCGGAAAAGAUUACUGCUCCGAUGCAAGUUCCCGAAGAUGAGAUUCAGAAAGCUGUCAAAGGAGAGGAAUCUACUUACACUGUACCUAUGGUUGUUAGCGAACUGAGAGAAGAUAAAGAUAAAGCUCAGAGGCCAUGUCUCGUGUGUGAUGCUGUUAUUCACUUAAAGCCAAUGAAAAGAUCUAAGGAAGACGACAACUACAAAAUAUUUUUAACUGAAUUGGCGCUUGCAAUAUUUGAAGAAAAGUUCAAAAUGGAGUUAAGUCGAAGUUUGUCGUUUCCUAAAUUAUAUUCUCAAGGACCAUUGAAUCCAAGAAGAGUGCCUAUCCCUAAAGUGACAGAGGUAGCUUCAAAGAAACUUGACAAGUCGAAUGCUACCCAAACACUUCCAAGACCAGACUUUAAGAUAACUGAGAGUAAACAAAAUAAUACUGAUACGGUCAUUAUGGCGAUUCAGACACCAUUGCAGGAGUCAAUAGGAAAUGCAACAGUUGACGUUGAAUCUUUGCGAAUAAUCUUCCAUUCGCCGGGGAAAUAUUAUCUGGACGAAAUACUUCCAUUUCCUAUCGAUAUAGAGUCAGCAAAUGCUCGAUUCAUAAAACCCAAAAGAACAUUAAAAAUUAGAGCUAAAAGGUUGCAAAAAGUAAACACGAUGUCUGCUAAGUUACCGCAGAAACGGUACUAUCGUCAACGUGCACAUUCAAAUCCUUUUUCAGAUCAUCAACUUGAAUAUCCAUUAAGCCCUUCCCAUAUGGAUUGGUCAAAGCAUUAUCCAGCAUUCUUUCCUGCCGACAACCAGGAUAGUGCAGACGCAAGGGGCAAAAAAAAAGUCGAAUUUGCUGAUCUUGGUUGCGGAUAUGGUGGAUUACUUGUUGCACUAUCACCACUCUAUCCAAAUACCCUCAUGUUAGGGAUGGAAAUUCGUGUAAAAGUAGAAGAAUAUGUUUAUGAGAGAAUACAGGCAUUGCGAAAACAGAAUCCGAAGCAAUAUGAGAAUAUAUCUAUAAUCAGAAUGAACGCUAUGAAAUUCCUACCAAAUUUCUUUGAAAAAGGACAGCUGUCCAAGUUAUUCUUCCUAUUUCCAGACCCACAUUUCAAAAAGAAAAAACAUAAAGCAAGAAUCAUAUCACAUGGACUUUUGGCAGAAUAUGCAUAUAUUCUGCAAGAAGGAGGGAUAAUCUACACUAUAACAGAUGUCAGAGACCUACAUGAUUGGAUGGUCAAGUGCCUUGAUGAGCAUCCUUUAUUUGAAAGAAUUUCUGAUGAAGAGGCAGAAAAGGAUCCGGUCGUACCAUAUGUAAGAACUGCAACGGAAGAAGGAAAGAAAGUGGAAAGAAAUAAUGGAGAUAAGUUCUUGGCAUGUUACAGGAGAAUCAAAGAUGAAGAAGAACUAGUUUGA